AGUUGUCGGAGAGGAGACCGCAGCAGUGUGUGCGCUAUAGGGAGCAGAUAUCACUGAGAGAGAGAAAGUCAGUGGCUGUUUGAGAAUAGGCAUAAUUAGAAAAAGCUCAUGACAAAAUCCAUCGAUUACGUGCAUGGUACGGAUUAUGAUGUUUUAAAAUUGAUAUAUGCAUUUAGAGGAAUCUCCUCAUCACUUAAAUAGCACUCCACAUCAUUGGAAUGUGCACUGCUGCCAUAAACGGACGCGUCUGAAGUAGCCCAGAGCUUGUUGAUUUGGCAGUGAAGACAGGCUUUUGGGUGUAAUCAGACCUGCAUUAACCAUCACAAACAAGAUGGUCCACGGUAGACGGGACUACUAAAAGACACAUUUUUUUCUCCCAAAAGCCUUAUACAUUUUGGGGACUUUCCUUGGACUAAUGGUAAUGGGAAUUGACGCGUUAAAUAAAAAAGGAUAAGAUUUUUUUCCAAAGUACACUUGUUCUUUGGCGAUGAUUGUGCUAUUCCUUCUUCUGUGUAUUACGAAUGGAGUGGUCUCGCAGAUACGCUACUCUGUGCCGGAGGAGGCGGAUCACGGCACCUUCGUGGGGAAUAUCGCCGAGGACCUUGGACUGGACAUGACCAAAAUCGCCUCGCGGCGCUUCCAGGUGGUGCCUAGCUCGCGGACGCCGUACCUGGAAGUGAACAUGGAGAACGGGAUUCUGUUCGUCAACGAAAGAAUUGACCGGGAGCAGAUCUGUAAGCAGAGUGCCAGCUGCCUAUUACACCUUGAAGUGUUUCUGGAGAACCCACUCGAGCUGUUCCGCGUGGAGAUAGAGGUCGUGGAUAUAAAUGACAAUCCGCCCAGCUUCCCCGAGACCGACAUCACAGUGGAGAUUUCAGAGAGCGCUACCCCCGGUACCCGGUUCCCUCUUGAGAGUGCAUUCGAUCCGGACGUGGGCUCCAAUGCGCUGCGCACAUACGACAUCACCACCAAUAACUACUUCUACCUGGAUGUGCAGACGCAGACUGACGGGAACAAAUUCGCAGAGCUGGUGCUGGAGAAGCCGCUGGACAGGGAGCAGCAGGCGGCCCACAGGUACGUGCUAACUGCGGUGGACGGGGGGCAGCCUCCACGGACAGGCACUGCUCUGCUGGUGGUCAAAGUGCUGGAUUCUAACGACAACGUGCCCGUGUUUGACCAGCCGGUGUAUUCGGUGAGCCUUCAGGAGAACGCACCGGUGGGGACCCUCGUUAUUCAACUGAACGCCACCGACUUGGACGAGGGGCAGAACGGGGAGAUAGUGUAUUCAUUCAGCAACCACAUAUCCAGCCGCGUCAAGGAUCUGUUCGCCAUAGAUGCGCGCACUGGACGCAUCGAGGUGUGCGGCGAGGUGGAUUUUGAGGAGAGCAGUUUAUAUCAAAUAUUCGUUCAGGCGAAAGAUCUUGGACCCAAUGCCGUGGCUGCACACUGUAAAGUCCUGGUGAAAGUGACAGACGUAAAUGACAAUGCUCCUGAGAUCACCUUUAGCACCGUGACUGAGUCGGUGAGUGAGAGGGCAGCCCCAGGAACCGUUAUAGCCCUGCUGAGCGUAACGGACAAAGAUGCCGAGGAAAACGGAAAGAUUCAUGUUGAAAUCCUCGGCGAUGUCCCGUUCAAACUCAAACCCUCCUUCAGGAACUAUUUCACCAUUGUAACAGACGGACCUCUAAAUAGGGAGAAUGCCGACUCUUAUUCAGUGACUGUAGUUGCCAAGGAUACAGGGACCCCUUCCCUCGCAACCAGUAAAUCAAUCAAAGUGCAAGUCUCGGAUGAAAAUGACAAUGCGCCAACGUUUACACAGCCCAUAUAUGAUGUGUAUGUGACUGAAAACAAUGUGCCAGGUGCUUAUAUCCACGCUGUGACCGCUCUGGACCCAGACGUUGGACAGAACGCUCUCAUUAGUUACUCCAUAAUGGAUUGUGAUAUUCAGGGUAUGUCUGUGAAAACAUAUGUGUCAAUCAAUGAGGAAACGGGCUACCUUUACGCACUCAGAUCAUUCGAUUACGAGCAGCUUAAAGACUUCACUUUCAUGGUUAAGGCGAAAGAUGCAGGUAGCCCCGAGCUCUCCUCGAACGCCACGGUCAAAGUGAUCAUCGUAGACCAGAAUGACAACCCUCCCUCAGUCAUUGCUCCUCUGGGUAAAAAUGGCACUGCGAGAGAGCCGCUGCCCCGCUCCGCAGAGCCUGGCUACCUGGUGACCCGUAUCGUCGCCAUGGACGCAGAUGACGGCGAGAACGCACGGCUCUCCUACAGCAUCCAGAGGGGGAACGAGAACGGCAUGUUCCGUAUGGACUGGAGGACAGGAGAGCUGCGCACUGCCCGGCGCGUCUCAACCAAGCGGGACCCCAACCAGAUGUAUGACCUGUUGAUAGAGGUGAGGGACCACGGCCAGCCACCCCUCUCCUCCACCGCCAGUGUGUUCGUGGUGCUGGUGGACAGCGUGGUGGAGGACCACCGGGAGAGGGGCACCGCCAAGUCCAAGGAGACCACUCUGGACCUCACCCUCAUCCUCAUCAUCGCCCUGGGCUCUGUCUCCUUCAUCUUCCUCCUGGCUAUGAUCGUGCUGGCGGUGCGCUGCCAGAAGGACAAAAAGCUUAAUAUCUACACGUGCCUCACCAGUGAUUGUUGCCUCGGGUGCGCCACAUGCUGCAGCAGGCAUGCGCGAGCCCGCAAGAAAAAGCUCAGCAAGUCUGAUAUCAUGCUGGUGCAGAGCGCCAACGUCACCGGGGCCGGUACAGCCCAGGUGCCAGUGGAAGAGUCCGGGAGCUUCGGCUCUCACCACCAAAACCAGAACUAUUGCUACCAGGUAUGUCUGACUCCGGAGUCUGCCAAAACCGACCUCAUGUUCCUAAAGCCGUGUAGCCCAUCUAGGAGCACAGACACCGAACACAACCCGUGCGGGGCCAUAGUGACAGGGUACACUGACCAGCAACCUGACAUCAUAUCAAACGGCAGCAUUUUAUCAAGCGAGACCAAACAUCAGCGAGCGGAACUCAGUUACCUGGUGGACAGACCUCGGCGUGUGAACAGUUCGGCUUUCCAAGAAGCGGAUCUCGUUAGCUCGAAAGACAGUGGUCACGGUGACAGCGAACAGGGCGACAGUGACCAUGACGCCACCAAUCGAGGUCACUCUACCGGCGCUGAUCUCUUCUCUAACUGCACAGAGGAGUGCAAGGCUCUGGGCCACUCCGACCGCUGCUGGAUGCCCUCCUUUGUGCCCUCCGACGGGCGGCAGGCGGCAGACUACCGCAGCAACCUGCACGUGCCAGGCAUGGACUCCGUGCCCGACACUGAGGUAUUUGAAAGCCAAGAGCAAACGGGCGAUAAGUCAUUCUCCACCUUUGGCAAAGAGACGCCCCUCAGCCACCUCUACCAAAACCACUAUCAAAACCACCACAAAAACCACCUCCACCUCAGCCACCACCAUGCCACCCACGCCAACCAAGCCGCGCUAGAGAGGAAAGAGUUUGAGGCGCUUCUGUCUAGCACGCGAGCGCCUUACAAACCCGCCUAUUUGAGUGAGUAUCCGAUUUGCACGGCAGCUCUGUAGCUAACCUGCCCUGCUCCACUCUCUCAACCAGCCGACCCUGAUCUGACCAUUGACUUGAACAAUACAAAAAAAUAAAAUAAAUACCAAUUCGCAUUGUUCCCCCAUUGGCUCGAAGUGCCAUGGAAUUCUUUCAAGUCCACUGACCCAUCUAAUUCACCCCCCCCCCCGUUGUCAGACUUGAACUAAUUCGCUCUCUUCCUCUUUCACACAUCCUCAUUAUCACUCUCUCUAUCUGUGGCGAUCUCAUCCUCCGACACAGUCUUCCAUAUCAAUGUCACUCCCUCCUUCCACCACCAGCAGCCCCAUCUAUGUGCCUUUCUGAAUUAAAUGUGCCAUGAUCAAUUCGAGUACAGUUUGGGAUCCAUAAGAGAGCUGUGACAUCGCUGAGACGUUGACGUGGUGUACAGCUCUGUCUCAUUAUGGGGAGAUGGAUGUGUUCGCGUACAAGCUGCUUCCCUCGUUCAGAAAGGGAAUGGGGGAAAAAAGGAGUGUUUUUUAAUCUGUUUAAAAGAAUAGAGGCUAAGAGAUUACCCUCUCGUUCGUAUUCAUCUGAUGGUUUUACUCUAGCUCCUAGGAUUAAAACCGUUUUAGAUAAUUGAGGAAAGCAGAUGGAAGAAGAGGCAUAUUUCCAUAAGGAAUUUCUGCCUCGAAACUCCCUUUUGAAAGGGCAGAAAGAGAAGCAUACUCAUCACUGCAAUUUGGUGAUAAUGCUUAAUUAUAAUUUUGUCAAGCGCCGCCUUAAGUGUUCCCCGUUUCUUUCAUCUCUCGACACAGCACGCUUAACAUGUUGAAACUGCCGGAGUCACGCUGUCUCACCUACUACCGCAAUACACAGCCGCGGCAUGCGGCAAAAGGGAAAACAUUUGACAGUCAUACCAGCAUUUAUAUUUGUAUCAAAGCACUACCUCUGAUGAAUACAGAUGAGGUAGAGACUCCAGAAAGAUAAAGAUGGCACCUCCCUCUCUGUCUAAAUCCCCUCCUCCUCCUCCUCCUCCUCCUCCUCUCUGUCUCACCGACUAAACAUGGUCGUAGAGUUAAUCACCACAAGACAUUCCUUGUUUAGAGGAGGUCUGUUAGGGGGGUCUGGUAAGGGGAUAACAGGUGGGCAUAGGGGGGAUAGUCUCAUGACACUAAGAGGCUGUGUCUUUCCCUAAUCUGAUAAAGUCAUCCGGACACACAGAGCCCCUUGUAGCCAGAGACGGCGGCCCAGGCAGGGCCCUGUGGCGGAUACCGGGUCGGUCAUUACCCUGAUCAAACAGAGAUGACAUAGAGCCGCUGCUAGCUUGGGGAUUGUUAAGCUGUCAUGGGGUGGGGGUGGGGGGGCUCCAUUUGUUCCUAUGUCAGCCAUGGCCCAUUUUGAGUUAAGACUCAUUCUUGCUAUCCUAAAUAAAUUGGGCGUGCAAUAUAUUCAGAGACGCAGACCCAUAUUCCCACGCAUUAUCCAUGAGUGAUUUCACUGAGCGGAUUGAAAUGAUUCUACAAGAGAAGGAAUGAAAGGGCUUCCUAAUCGUCCUCACCUUGUUUCAUUGACUGUCUUUACAACACUGAGUAAAUAAAUGAAGGUUGCUGUAGAUGCACUGUCUGUAAUCCAUUCUCUCUCGCAGACAAACGUGACCCCUAAUCAGCAUGUGUUCUCUGCUUGCAGCGAGGAAAAGGGUUUGCUAGCUCCUUUCGCGUGGACAUACCAGAGACCGCAUGACUUUGCGCAAUCAGUCAAAACGACAAAAACUAAAUAGAGCAUCAAGUUCCAUUUCCUUAGCUGUACCACGUCUGACUGACAUUCCUCCUACGGAACACGGAACUCUGUGGACAACAUUCCCUCCGGAAUUCUAUUGGAACACUGCCGGCCUUGGAUAUUACUAUCUAUGGGACUCUGGAGGGGUUGGAAGUGGUGGGGACGGACAGAGAGACACGGUUGGGAGACGGACAGGCAGACAGCUCUACACGAGGACCCCACCGCUCUCAGCAGGACUGAGAUAGAGUUGAAAACAGAACUAAUAGAGGGGGAGGAGAAUGAGGGAGGAGGAGGAGGACGAGGACAAGGGGGGAGGAGGAGGAGGAGGACAAGGGAGGAGAUGGAGGAGGACGAGGAUCUCUCCUCUCUGAUCUGUGUGUGCCUGUUUACAGCACUAAUGUACAUCUUUUAAGAAGAAGAGAAAAAAAAACAGAAAACAGAACAACAAAAAAAGACAGGAAACGGAACCACGACGUCACUGAGCCCUUUAGAUGUUUAUACUCACAGCAGAAGCCAGUUGUACAGGAGAUCUUUGUGCAUUUUACAUGCAAUACCACUGUUUUAGACUUGACUGUUUUUCUAUUCAGUUUGUGUGGUCAGGUGUCUUCUCCUCAGAUCUACAGUACUUCAACUUUAUAAGGAAAGAUUGUGAUUAUUAUUAUUUUUUUAAGUUCUGCUUUUGCUUUUUUCACAACAUAGUGAGUCUGGACAGUGAUGGGCUUCGCCUUUUGAAUUCUAAGCUGUUCAGUAGUUUAUAUAAUGUGUGAGAAGUGUUUAAUGUACUCUUUUGAAAAGCUUCAACAUGAAUAUAAAUCUAUAUAUAAAUCUAUCAAUAUAUACUUUUUCUGAAGGUAUGCUAUCUAUUCGGUGGGUUUCCUAUUGUGUGUAGACAGGGGUCCAUAAGCUGCUUAAAGUGCUGUAGAAGGCUUGGGAGGAUCUUACAGGUUGGCGGCGUUCUUACCAUGAAAACAGAAUGGCCUUAUCUUUUCACGUGAAACCAAGUUUUCAUCUGGUUUGAUUAUUUCAUUUUUUCACAUUUGGAUAUUGAAAGUUGAAAUUCAUGUCUAUAAAUAAAAGUGGUAAUAAUUUAGAUUGAAUUCCAUGGUAAUUCUGUGUUAUUGUAACCAAAAAAGGGUCAAUUAAAAAGAACAAAUCAAAAAGUGGCCAAAUAAUGAAAGGUGUUGUACACAUGCAGUGUAAAAUCUAACAUACACACAUACACACACCGUCUUACACACAAACACACCAUAAUGCCAACAAUAAACCGAAAAAUGAGAAAUGUA